UACUACCAGCAGCAGAAAUAUGGCUGCUGCUGCUCCAGAAAGUGAAAGAGCACAUGCCAGUAACAAUAAGAACAGCAUCUGUACAAUAAGUCACAAAGACAACGAGGAGCUGCCUUCACAGAUUCGGGAAAUUAUAAAACCAUCCAUCAAUGAACUAACCAAAGAAGUGCGGACUAAUAUCCUCUGUACCGUACAGGGAUGUGGCAAGAUUCUCCCGAACACUCCUGCUCUGAACAUGCACCUUGUGAAGUCACACAGGGUCAAGGAUGGUCUUGUCAACCCCACAGUCAGGAAGGAUAUGAAAGGAUUGCCAAAACUUUACUGUUGUCCAAUAGAGGGCUGCCCAAGAGGACCCAACAGACCGUUCUCCCAGUUUUCCCUGGUUAAACAGCACUUCAUGAAAAUGCACGCUGAAAAGAAACACAAAUGUGCUAAGUGCAGCAACUGCUACAGCACAGAGUGGGACCUGAAGAGGCAUGCUGAGGAUUGCGGAAAGACCUAUCACUGCACUUGUGGGUGCCCUUAUGCCAGCAGAGCUGCACUGCUGUCUCACAUCUACAGGACAGGGCACGAGGUUCCCACAGAGCACAGAUAUCCACCUGUGAAAAAAAGAAAGAUGGAGAAGUCCUUAAGUGGAGCAACAAAAGUCAGACCUAAUGGGCAGACAUAUCAGAUGGUGAAGAUGGAAAAAGAUACUUCUGAGGUGUUUAUUUCAGUUGAUAGGGUCUGUCACUCAGAUUCUGGGUGCCAGAACAACAGUCCAACUGAAAAUGUCCAAAAGCCUCUCCUCCUAAAGCCAAAAGUUGCCUUGGUAAAUGUUCCUGUGAUGCAGUUUGCACACUUGCCCUUUUUCCUGUCUUCAACAGAUAAUAACACACUGAGACCAGUUGUACUGACUGUGGACAGUCAAGGCUCUCUAAUGAGCACUGUUCAACUUGUCCCCCAAUCAGUGGGAACAGUGAUGCCAGUGCUGGACACAAAGACUGUGACCGUUAGAGACUCCAUGCCCAUGUUCAGCAUGAGUCCAAAUCCUGUUAGUACUGGAGUGCAAGUGAAUUUGGACAGAGUGGCCUCUGGUUAUACCCCGGUCAGUGACGUGGGACACAGGAAUAAAAGUACAUCCACCAACAUUCAGACGGAUAUAUCUUACCUCACAAAAGGCCCCACACCAGUGGCGUCAUCCACUGUGGGGGAGUCCUCAGUUUCAUCUUGUUCCCAAACAGACAUCAGUGUUAGCGCCCAGGUCCUGUUGCCAGUCAGUGUAGAAACACAGACUUUUCUGUCACAGUCCAAAAUAACAUCCUCCAUUGGUGCACAGACGGAUAGUUUUGGACAGACAGACCUUCCCUCAUACAGUGUUACCAGGGAAACGCAGACCAAUGCAAGUUUCUGCACCCUUGAAGAUAGAAGACAGAUGGACCAAACUAUGAUGUGCGCAGAACUUUUCGAUAACAAUUCCUUCAGUAAUUCCAUGGAAGCAGGCUUGAAGGAGAGACCAUUUCAAAAAGACUCUGUGGAGGGACCUCUAAUCACAGGUGGUUCUAGUGUUUACGAUGAUAAGCCAGUAGAGGUAACAUGCUUUGGUUCCCAGACCGAAAUUCUCCAUCAAAACCCUGUGGCAGACAAUCAGACUCAGACUAUGACAUUAUUCAGUGACUUGGAGAACAUCUUAUCUGAAAGUAUGGCCAGUAAUGCCCUGGACAACCAUGAGACACUGCCGGAUACCACAACAACUUGUGAAGCAAGUCUGUCGUCUGUCCAAGAGCAGAACACUGGGAUCGACUUUGAUUUAGAGGAGUUCUUAAAGGCUGUACACAUUCAGACACAAACGGAGGAAAGCGAACUGUGCACUGAAACACCUCUGGAGUCCCUUGACAUUGAAACUCAGACUGACUUUUUGUUGUUUGACAACCCAACUCAUGACAGAAACACUAGAGUUCAUCCAAAUGAUCUUGGGUUGGAGAUGUUUGAUACCCAGACACAGACUGAUCUGGAUUUCUUUCUGGACACAAGCAGUCACAUGGCCCUAGGAAACUUCCUCAAACAGUCAAGCUUCUCUAUUAGCACAGAGUCCUCAGACACUGAGACACAGACAGACAUUCACCACACACUACAGUCCAGUGAUAAUGAUAGCCAUGUCAAGCACAACAGUACAGAGACACAAACAGUUACCAGCUCUUUUGACAGUCUGGGAAACUUGUUCCUGACCAGUAACCAGACCCAAACAGUAAUGGAUGACUUUCUCAUGGCCGACCUUGCCUGGAACACCAUGGAGUCCCAUUUCAGCUCUGUGGAAACUCAGACGUGUGAGGAGCUCUUUUCUCUCUUUCAACACUCUGAGAAACUCAACAGCUGAAUGCCCCUGGUGUGAGUUCUGAGGCUGUGAUUCAUUGAAAAGACAGGUUUCUGGUGUCUAGUGACGGCCCCUCUCUGAGGGGGAUCUGGGGUUUCACUGACGCAUUUCACUAAAUUCCCAUUAGCAAAGUGCUCUACAUAGCGGGAAGGUGAAUCUUCAAAUGUAGUUUAUCUUUAUCACUGAGGACAUUCCACAGUGUUUGGCUCUCAGAGAUCCACAGCACACCAUCAGCUCAGAGCCUGAUCUUCUGUUUACAUUUCUGCACAGAAAGAAGUACUCAAGUGAGCUUGUUUUUCUUUUAUUUCAAUAUUUCAAAACUCUAACACUAAUAUAACUGUGUCUUAUCAGCUGAAAAUUGUAAAUGUAUAUUUCAAAGCAGUGUCUGUGCCAUUGGACAACUUGACACAGGUGGUGUGCUCUAUUUCUUGCGGCAAAAAAGUGUUGGCAUAUUAAGAUAAAAGUAAUUGUCUAAGAAUUGUCUUUUUUGCCAGUAAUUUGUGCAGUGCAAUUGUUACAGACCACCUGUUUACUAAGAUAGUUCAUUAUGAGUCAGAUGGCACUUUCAUUGUACUUUAUUAAUAAAUUCACUUUAGUUGUAUUGUAGACUGAUGUUACCUGUACAAAAAAGUACUGUGCAGAACUCGUAAAAUGGUUUCAGCU